AUAGCUUUCCAGCCAGCUUAGCCACAAGCAUGUGAGAGCUAAUGCUACCUAUAUUGAAGGUUCAUGGGAAGUGCGGGGACUACCCGAGCCCCGCCCUGCCCCGCCCCCCGGGGUCCCAGCCCCGGCAGAGGCCAAAGAAGAGGCGGCGCCUGCGCCUUGCCGCCCAAGAACCACCUCCAGUGGUUCUCAACUACUCUCUGAAGAUGGCGGACCCCACUUUUGCUGCUACCAGUAGCAGCACAUCUUUCCGGGGGCUACACGAACGCUUGGUUGCCAUGACUCAAGAACUAGCUGAAGAAAGGCGACAUAAACGUGGUAUUAAUUCUUCUGCAGGUGCAAACAAGAGAUCGUCAAGUACACCAGAUGGUUCUGUCCUUAAAAAUGAUGUCAAACAGCAGCUAGCCAAAGAACGCAGAGAACAACAGAAACGUCAGCAAGAAGCCAACAAGGAAAAACAACUGCUUGAGAAAGAACAGAAGGCGAAGCUGCAGUAUGAAAAGCAAUUGGAAGAAAAACACCGUAAACUGAAGGAACAAAAAGAAAAGGACCAGCGACGACAAGCAUCUGCAGAAGAAAAAAGAAAACAGAAGCAGGCAGAAGAUACAGAAAAAUUUAAGGCUGUUGUGUCUCGUACAUUGGAGCGAUGCAAUCGUAUUGAUCAACGACAGAAAAGGUGGUCGUGGGAGGGUGGUGUGAUGAAUGCUGACAAGUCUGGAAAACUGGAAAAUAAACGAAGUUCCUCUCUGAGUAGAAAAGACAACCGGUUACAUCCCAGAGGUGAUAUGCAACACGUGGACAACACACCUGGCAUGACCAAAUAUGUUUUCCGAUAUGUUACUGCACCAGUGUUUUCUAGUGAUGAGAUAAAGUCUUCUGCUAUGUUCUGUAAACCAUCAGCAAAAACGCCAGUUGCAGCAAAAUUAGAAAAAAUAACUACAAAGAAACUAGACGCUUCUCUCAGGGGGCAUGUGGAAGGACUCUCAAUGAUGAAUAUAGAAAUCCCACCCAAAAUAACAAUUGAAGUCCCCUCUCCACCAAAGCUGGAAGAAUCAUCUGAGGCUGAUGCAGAAGUAAGACUCCAAACCAUGGACGACAUCUCUAAAGUUAAAGAGGACGCCUCCCAGAAGGUGGAUAUCAAAGUACCUACUGAUGAGAACAUAGCAAGACACCCAAAACCAAAUGUUGAAGAACUCUCCCCAGUGAGUGUGGAUACCUCUUCAAGUGUUGAACUAUCCUCCAUAGUGAGUGUCAACUCAUCCCCCUCGCUGAGUACAGGAUCAUUCUCCUUUGGGAGUGUAGAAAUAUCUCCUGUUGUCAGCAUAGAUGCCUCACUUGAAACAAACAUAGAUACCUCACCUGAAUUAAGUAUGGACUCAGGGAAUACGAAAGUGGCCUCAGAAAUUAAAACAGAAGCACCUCUUCAGGCCAGGGGGGAGUCACGCCUUGAAGCAAGUGUGGAAGGACAACCUGAGGCAAAUGUUGAAGGAUCACCAAAGAACCCAGAAAUAGACAAAAGAAACAUAAACCUUACCACCAAGAAACAACCGCUGUGCCACAUACCAUGUUACAGAUGGCCAUCAUCUUCUGCCCUUGGGUGUCGCCCACCUUCUCCCUUAAAGGCUCUGCAGACUCGAAAGAUACGACCUCCAUCUCCUAUACCAGUCUCAUCAAAAUUAUCAACAAAGACUUCUUUGUCAUAUAAAAUAACCCCAGUUCAGAAUGUCCUAUAUGUGCCAAAUUCAUUAGGUGUAAUAGCAACCAAAAAGGAAACCAUCCAAAAGUAUCCAAUCAAAAAAGAAUUUGGUAAUAGAAGUAUGCCAAGUGCUGAAGCAAUCAAGAAAGCUUUUAUACAGAUACGCCAUGCUGCUUAUGAGCAAAGCAAAAACGAGAAAGAAAGACUCCAGAAAGAAGAGACAAAGCAAAGAAUUGCUCGGAAACCAGAAAUUAUGGCAGAGAAACUGGAUAAAGUCCCAGCAGAAGGUUCCUUGCCAUGCCAAGAUGAGCAGCAAGACAAAAAUCCAACAAAGACAUUUCUUGAGUCACCAGAAGUUCAGAAGGCAGAGUUACAGAAAGGGGACAGUGCCAUGAUGAAAUCUCGGGACAGUGCUGAACAGAGAAAGAAAGAACAGGAAAACAUCCUCCAACAUUGGCAAGAAAGAUUAGAAAGGAGAAAGGCUUCAGAAAUAUCUUUUUCAUCCGAAGAUGAAGCUGAUGAUGAAGGUGAAAGUGAAGACUCUCUUGAGAUAUUUCCAUCAGGAGGAAAAAUGUUAUCUAUGAAACUCAAAAAGUUUCACAAAUAUGCCAAGACGAAGCCUCAAAAGCUCGUGUUUUUGCAGUCGGGAACUGAUGAGGUUGAUACCAACAAAAAUGUAUAUUUUAAUGGGGACAUGAAAGCUGUCAAACAAAAAGACCCCAAAUAUUCUAUGAUUCAAGGAAAAGGCUCAAAGUUAUCAGCUAAAAAACCACCUACCCGCCCAAUAAGAAGCAGAAAAACAAAGGAAGGCAGCACUGCCAUCCGUCCUACUCAAAGUGCCAGCAGCAAUCCCAAUCACAAGUGGGUUUGUGACAAGGUUAUAGACUUUAAUCAGACACCUUUUCUAAAGACCACUCUAACAAAGAGCAACAAAGAAAGUCCAGCGGAUUCUAAAAUAGCUUGCCAAGGUCCUCAGGCACAUUUGGACCAUAGGAAAAGAACCAAGUCUGUUUCUGUCCCUUUGACCAAUGUUUUGUCCCACCUCCACAUAACUGGAAGAGCAUCUAAUCUUGAACAUCCCUUUGCUUCUGUCUAUUCCAGACUGGCAUUUGGAAAAGAGGCAGAAGAGAGUGUGUAGGAACAUUCGGGCUACAGUAUGUAUGCAGUGAUCAGAGAACAACUUUUGGAAGUCGGUCCUCUCCUUCCAGCUUUACAUGGUUCCAAGGAUCCGAUGGUCAGGUUUGCAUUAUCAUGUGCUUCACCCGGUGAACCAUUCCACUGGCCUGAAGUUCUAAUCUUAAAAUGUGGUUUGUCCAGGCACUGUAGCACCAUGCCUGUAAUCCCAGCACUCUAGGCGACUCUAGCAGGAAUACAGGAAGUUCCACUGAAUGAACAAAUCAAUUCAGUCUGUUACUCAUGCUUCACCUCGGUAAGUUUUGCUUUUUUAUACAGUUGGCCUCCUUACUUACCCCUAAUCUCUGUGAACUAGUGUUUAUAAGGCCAUGGCAGCCAUUCCCCGCUGUGGCUCAUAGAGUAAAUGGAAGACGCUAAUAUAGUUUGGUGCUGAGUGAGGACAGAAGCCUUGCUAACUGAUUGCACGUUUCCCUGCUACCAGUUGCCCCACUAAAGCUCUCUUAUGACUGUGCCAUAUGCACUCAUUUUGAAAUGAUUCAUUCUCAUUUUAAGAAUGAAGAAACAAGCUUGGUGAAUUGUCACCUGCCCAGGAUGUGAACCCAGGCAAGCUUGCUUGAGCCCUCACCCUGUUAGCCGUAAGUUAUUAUGUCCUUGUUUCAGUGAUGCUUCUCUGCUGAUAGUGUAGUGACUUGAUAUGUAACCUCAUUUCUCCUGAGCUGUCAUGCAAUAAAUGGGUGUCUUCUAAAACUA